AUGAGGCUUCGGCUGAGCCGCUUGAUAGCCUCGGCUAUUUUGCUGUCGCUUGGUGUGGGAUUCACAAUUGUAACCAAUGCUGACGGCAACACAUUGGGCAACGCCAUGAUGCCUGGUUCCGGGAUAACUCUCCUGUCAGGUUCAUACACUGGGGCCUCUGUCGCCUCGGGGACAUUCAGCGAUGGGCCCUUUGGCAUCAGCUCCGGCACAAUCUUGACGUCGGGACGGGCAGAUGGAGCUACGGUACCCGGGUCAGACAACGACAACGCACAGCCAGGAUACAUGGGGGGCAACACAUUCGACGCGGCGGUCUUGAGUCUCGACAUCUCAAUAUCUCCGCCGUUCACCGGCUUUGAGUUGGAAUUCGCCUUUGCGUCCAACGACUAUGGCGGCAAUAAUGACGCUUUGCGUGUUGACGUAGCCAGCAAUAGCUUGACAACAAUCUUCGACCUUGUCAAUCCUUUCAUGGACCCCCCAUAUUCCAUCACCCCCCCGAACAGCCUGACGAAGUACGACAAAUCCAGCCCGCCUGUGCUCAUAGGGUUUGCGACGGGCUCCGGAAUAGUCAAUGUCAAGAUCGCCGUGUAUGACCUGAACGACGGGUUCGAGGACAGCGCCGCUCUCAUCCGGAUGAGAGGUUGUGUGAAUUGCCCUGCGGGCCCAGAAAUCAACUAUGAGACAAAGACAGUCACUGUUACCCCUGGGGAAGCAGAGUAUUUCUCCACUGUCAAGGCGUCUGGGACUGCUACAGGAUACUACAUUCAAGGUGUGUCAGCAACUACAACUGCAGAUACAACUACGACUGAAGAGACAACUACAACCGCAUACACGACUACGACUGAAGAGACAACUACAACUGCAGACACGACUACGACUGCAGAGAUAACCACAACUGCAGACACGACUACGACUGAAGAGAUAACUACGACCGCAUACACGACUACGACUGAAGAGACAACCACAACUGCAGAGACAACUACGACUACAGAGACAACUACAACUGCAGAUACAACUACGACUGAAGAGACAACCACAACUGCAGAGACAACUACAGACAUAACCACAGAGACAACCAUAACUGCAGAGACAACUACGACUGAAGAGACAACCAUAACUGCAGAGACAACUACGACUGCAGAGACAACUACAACUGCAGACACGACUACGAUUAAAGAGACAACCACAACUGCAGAGACAACUACAGACAUAACCACAGAGACAACUAUAUACUUCACCACAGAGACAACUACAGACAUAACUACAGACACAACAACGGUCCCAGAUACAACUACGACUAUGGACACGACAACGACCAUGGAUACGACUAUAGCUAUAGACACAACGGCGACUACAGAUACAACUACGGGUACGGACACGACUACGAUAGACAUAACUACGGCUGAGGAUUCGACCACCACAGCGGAUUCAACUACCACCACGGAUUUGGACACAUCCACGGAUUCAACUCUGACAACAGAUUUAACUACGACUAUCGAAUCAACCAUAACCGACACAACUACGACGACCGAUAUCACUACAACUGCCGAUACAACUGUGACUACCGAUUCAACUGCGGUUAUUGAUUCAACCACCACCACCGACUUGACAACCACAAUCAUCGACUCGACCACGACUGUCUACUCAAGCGAGGCCACCAAAGACUCAACUACAGAUAAUGGAGAAUCGACAACAACCACUGCAGAUUCGGCUACCACCAACCAGUCAACUGAGAGUCUUGGGGAGACGGCCUCCACAGCUACCACUACCUCUGCCCAAAUCUCUUCCAUAGCAUCUACCGAAAGCGACGCAACAUACGAGUCUUUGACCGACACGACCGAAUCCACAGCUGUGCUCUCCACCUUGGAGUCGUCGUCCGCCUUGGAUGCCACUCCUACCUCUCAGUCUACGACUGAAACGGCGACUGAUUCUACCAGCGGCAUUUCGACAACGGAGUCAAACGAGUCUGAGAAGCCACAACCUUCUACUGCCAGCGGGCCAUUUACAUCCUCCGUGGACACACCUACAGGGAGUGUUGAGUCUUCCAGUACGAAUACGCCAGUUGGUCAGUCCUCCACCAGCGCCCUUUUACCAGAGACUCUGUCACCAGAUACCUCUUCUCUCUCGUUUCCUCUACCCGAAUCUUUGUCUACAGGCUCGGACUCACAGGCCCCGUUGAGCACAACAUUGUCGGCCCAGGACUCUGUGACCGUCGACUUGACAGCAUCCUCGUCACCCCUUGCCACGAGCUUCUCGGCUGGUUCUUCUAUUCUUUCAUCUUCAGAUUCAACCUCGACAGUUUCUGGCUCCACCCCCAAUGCUUCAAACGUGCCAGCUAUAGAACGAUAUAUAUACUUUGGGUGUCUAUCGUCCGUACAAGGCUACCCGAACUUCAAUAUCGUCGGUAGCGCAACUGAUAUGACACCUCAAAAGUGUAUAUCGAUGGCCAUCGGGCGGCGGUUUGUGGGCAUCCAUGAUACAUCUUGCUACGCGGCGGAUUCUUUGGAUUCCGCUGAAUUGACUGUGGAUGCCAGUUGUGAUCUUCCAUGCCCCGGGGACCCAACACUCUUCUGUGGCGGGUUUCUGAAUGCGGAUGCGAGUAGGAGCAAGAGACACCAACAUGACCGACGCAUCAAUCGCCGAGAUGCACCGCCGGGCAUCUUGCUCACCUUGUAUUUGUUUGCCGAAGCCAAUCAGGAGUCCUCGAGCGAAAUCACCGCGGUGAGCACAUUGUCGACUAGCCCUGAUCGAACUGUAGUCUCGCAGUCGAGCUCUGGGGUUAUCUCCAUCAGCCCAACACUGAGCGAGCCUGUCCGAACUUCCACAGCUGGUCCCGGGGAUGUCUCGCUCAGUUCGACGCUAAACAACCCUGACCGGACAUCCGUUUCAGCGGUUAAUUCUGAGGAUAUCUCACUCGAACCGACGCGGAUAGGCCCUGACCAAACCUCGGCCUCGAUAGGAGGUUCUGGGGAUGCGUCACUUACCAACUCUCCUCCUUCUGUUCCUACCACCUUCUUGCCCGGUGUGAACCCUCCUCCUCCACACUCGAGCCCAUUCAACCCGGGCAAUCUGUCGAGGGCCGCAACCUUUGAGGCUAUUGUCACAACGGUCGUCUAUACCGUGCUCGACCCUCACGACCCAGCCUAUCUAACCGUGGCCGAGUUUUGCACAACACUCAAGUAUCCUCCCUGCCGCAACUGUCAGUUCCAAAGGAUACCGACGGUGGAAAUGACGACUAUUCUAACCGCCUGCGACGCGUGUGGCUAUCACGGAGAGAGCAGCAUCGAGCUGACCAUUCCGCUGGGUGCUAAUCCGGCGUUGAUGACGAGCAACCCCUAUACCCCGGAAGAUGGCCCAGAUGGUUCUCCCGCAGCUGCUCACGAUGAGAAUCCAGGCCCGAAAUAUAGGCCAAGGCCGGGGGGAGCUGAAGCUAGGCCAACAGUUGUUCCAGUUGGACACCCCCCUUCAAAGCCGAAUGGGCAUGGUGGACAUGACCGGCCUGUUAUUCACCAUGACGAAACAACUGGAGAGCACAACGAGGAGAAUAACCCCCCUGGGGGUAAUCAUACACCAGUUGGUAAACCUGGCCCUUCUCAACAUGAGCAAGUUCCAAGCAACGAUCAUGGCGAGCCUGCCGGACCGGGAUAUGAGCCGCAAAUAGGGCCCGGCAAAGAUGGAGCCAUCGUCAAGCCAACAUUGGCCCCUUCAGUCGAGGCUGUACCAAAACCCGAGCCAGCCGGAGCAUCAGCUGACCUAAAGCUGUCUACGGUUCCUAUGGCAAACAUACCGUCGACGCCUCCAGAUUCUCCUGUCAUCGUGGCAGCCGGCCAUGUAGCGAGGGGGGUAGACGGCGCAUUGACAUUCUUUGCUCUCGUAGCUGGACUUUUCCUCAUGUUGUAA